AUGAACUCCCCCAAACUAAACGAAAGAUGUCCAAGCAGUCUUAGCACCAGUAAAAAGCAUCUAAGCACCGAAUCCAAAGAAGAUUCUCUUGAUAACUCCAUACGUGAGUCCAUUAAAUCGGAGAGGCCAGGAAGUAAAGGAGAGGAGGAUUGUCGGCGACGAACUAUUAUCGUAGAAAAGAAAAAUGGUAGCUACGGGUUCACGCUACAGAGCUACGGCAUUCAUUAUAAGAAGGAACAAGAAAUAGAAGUAAUUACUUACGUAGAUCACGUGGAGGCUGAGGGACCUGCUGCAGCGGCGGGAAUGCGUGAAGGAGAUGUCAUCCUAUCAAUUAAUGGAAUAGAUGUCGAACGUGCCGACCAUGCUUCCAUCGUUACUGCCAUCAAUUCUUGUGACUCACGAAUGCGGAUCGUUGUCAUAUUUGAAGACUGUGUCCGUAAAGUGGAGCUUCAUCUGAAGUAUAUUAACAUUCAACGCACAAUACAAAACAAAAUGCGAGAGCUUGAACAACUAAGCAUAAAAGAAAGACAAGUCUUUGAUUCUAACUGGAAAACGCAUAGCUUACCUUCUCAGAAGAAAAAAUCGUCGCCGUCUGAUAUAAUAUCUGACACCGAAGAUAAUAUUGUUGAUAAUAUUAAUAGUACAUAUUGUCGACCGACAUUGUCUAGUGAGAAUGUCACUGCCGCCAAACCGCCUCAACCAAACGUGUUCAUGUACCAGUACUUAGAUCCUAGAUACGGCGCAUGUAUAAUACAACCGAAUUUACGUACUGGAGGUUUUGUUAUCACUGUAGGGUCGCCGAGAAAUCGAAGAGAUUGUCACCAUUAUGUAGUUAAAACUUCUAAUGAGUGUCAUCGUGCGUCAGAAGUAUACAAGCCGGCUAACGGAAAGCACACGAAAACCCAUAGAAACAGUCACAGUCAUGGGUGUGCACCUUGUAUGCCGGUCUACAAUAAUCAGGAUGCAAACAGUCUUGAAGCUUAUGAUCUCGCGAGCCCUUGCUGUGAUCCUCACUGUGUGCCUAACUCUAGAAAGAAAUUAAGACGAAAGAAAGAAUGUUCUAAAGAACAUAAAAGAAAAGAAAAAUACCAACAAGUCGAUAAAUCUACUCAAAAACCUGAUACUUGUUCUCACUCAGUCACACAUCAUACCAAAAAAGUGUGCGCAUCUGGUCAUUGUUCUGGAAGAUACAGAUAUCUUGCGACAGAAUCUACUCAAACGAGUCAGUGCAGCUUGCAGUCGUAUGCAACCAGCAACGCUACCGCAGCGUGUGAUAACUCUGCUUCAAGUUACAGUACCUCUCUAAGUAGUGAUACCUUAUUCUGGGACAACGAGCGCUCGGAAGUCAAGUCCUCACCAAAGAUUCAGUAUCAAAGUUCUCAUCAGCAUGUAAAACCGAAAUCAUGGGAUAAUCUAACUACGAAAGCCAUAGGAGGAUACGGUUUCGGUUAUGGAUAUUUAGACACAAGCGUGAAACAUACAAAUAGAUCGAAGAGUCAGAGUAGAAACCAUAGCGGACGUAGUUCUCAAAGUCAUCACGACUAUCAGCAUCACGCAUCGGAAAAGCACUCACAUAGACAAAACGGCACACCUCACCAUUACCCCGUUUAUGGAAGAAGCCAUAGUCACUGUCCUCCUACCAAAUCUACAGAAAGUUUAGUUCUAGUACCUAAGUAUCAAUUAGAAAGCAGUGGAUCAGAAAGUCGAUUAGCUUGCGAUUGUGCUGACUCCGUUGAAUAUUAUCGCCGAGUUAAUUCUUCAAAGAGUCCCGGAGAACCGCAAGCAACCUAUUACUCACAACGAUUUGUAUACCACGGUCAUUCAUAUAAAAAGAAAGAUGCAAAUCUCAGUUCUGAAAUUACAAGAUUGUAA